AUGACAUCUCAGAAGACAAAUCUCUCUGAUAGAGGCGAGGUGUUUGCCGAGCCGAAGAGCAAGAUCCCGUUAUUGGACGUUGUCUGCGACCUGAGGGACCCGGAGACGAACCCUGGCGGAUACGUUAGUCUGGGUGUGGCCGAGAACACUCUGAUGCACGAGGAGAUCAUUGAGCAUAUGACCAAGAAUUUUGCCGUCAAGAGCCACUCUUUAACUUAUGGGGACGGGUUUUCCGGUUCCCACCGUCUUCGAGAGACGAUUGCAAGAUUCAUCACUCGUCAUUUCAAUCCUGUCAGGCCAGUUACAAAAGACCAGCUUCUUAUCACCUCUGGCGUGGGUCAGGCGAUUGAACUUUCCGGCUUCUGUCUCUUGGACAAAGACGAUGGCGUCCUGCUUGCCCGCCCGCAUUAUGGUAAUUUCCCUAUUGAUUUGGGCUAUCGAGUCAGAGCUAAGAUUAUUGGCGUUUCCUUUGGGAAAACGGAUCCUUUCAAUAUUGAGACGGUUGACAUCUACGAGAAGGCUCUUGUGGAUGCCCAACACCAAGGGAUUCGUGUCAAGGCCUUUUUACUAUGUAACCCACAGAAUCCCUUGGGUCGUUGCUACACUCGCGAGGUCCUCGAGGCCUACAUGCGAUUCUGUCAGAGGCAUAAUCUACAUCUUAUCUGCGACGAGAUCUAUGCUCUAUCAACUUGGAAGAACCCAGACUUUCCUGAUGCCCCUGGCUUUACGUCAGCCCUGUCUGUUAAGAAAGAUAGUCUGAUUGAUCCAAGCCUCGUGCAUGUCCUUUGGGGGAUGAGCAAGGAUUUUUGUUCCAAUGGUAUCAGACUUGGCUGCGUGAUCAGUCAGGACAAUGUGCAUUUUCUCCGUGCUGUCGAAGCGAACUCCUAUUUCUCUUGCCCUUCAUCUCUAUCAGACUUGGCCACCUCCCGCAUCCUCUCUGACGAUGCCUGGGUGGAAUCCUUUAUACAAACAAAUCGUGAACGCCUAACGGAAAACUAUACCUUGACAAUUCGGUUCCUGGAAAGCUAUCGGAUCUCUUAUAAGAAAGGUGGGAAUGUCGGCUUCUUUGUUUGGGUUGACUUGUUUGAUCCUAUCCGAAGACAAGUAAAUGCCACUCUUGAAAAACAGGUAGAUGCAGGUGUACCAUCUGAACAAGCCGCAAGAGCCCUCGAGACUAAACUCCAAGAGAUUUUGCUGAAACACAGGAUCUUCCUCGCGCUGGGAGCUGACUUUGGUGGUGAUGUGCCCGGUUGGUACCGGAUCGUCUUCGCUCAUGAGAAGGAGUAUCUCAAGCUAGGAUUGAGUCGUAUGAUUGAGGCUCUUGCAGCCUUUCGAGGCGAACUCGACACAGAUUUGCUGGAGUGA